AUGAACGUCGGCGUCCGCAUCUUCGGAGCUCAGUUUGGCAUCUUUUCAUUCAAAAAUUAUGUACCAAUAAUUGCCGCGGUCAUUGUGGCUGCAAGGCGGCGGAUUGAAGAGUAUCAGAGACUGUCUCGGAUGCGACGCUUGGUCCGCCGACAGCGCAAAAGGCGCGAUUUGGCGCUUCUAAAGGCUGGAGAAAGGGCAAGAAAAGCAGCAGCAAGAAUGGCAGCACAGAGGCAACCCCACUACACAUACCUAGGCCGCACGAACGGUCACGACGUUUGGCGCAUCACCGGCACCAGCGGUGCGGGCCCAGGCAGCCCAGUGCCACCGACAAUGGGCGCCCCAAUAGCAUACAGAGGUGGUAUACCCUCCGCUCACUACGUUGAAGCAGCUGAAGAGCUGAAUCAAAUACCUCAAAGAAAGGAAAGGGAAGCGGCAGCACCGCCCACCGUACACGCGACACCGCAGGCCCACCUGAGCGAUUUGGCGCAUCAGCAGCCGUUACACGAAGAAGCAGCAGCAAUAAGGGAAGCAAAAAAAGUACAAGCAACGGCAGCUUCAGUAGCGUCCGAAUCGGAACGGAGAGGAGCGGCAACGGAAGCGACAACAGCAGCCGCACCGGGAGCAGCAGCAGCAGCCGCACCAGCAACAACAGCUAAAGUGAGAACAACGGCGCCUCACAUACGUUCAAGGGAGAAAAUGAAAGACGCAAGCAUCAAGCAUGACAAUACAAGGACCAAAGAAACACGAACCAACAGCAGCAAAAAUAAAUAA